ACUCACUGACGAUAAACCCCUGAUCCAGCGCACUAUGAAGGAGGAGUGCGCGAGCCUGGGAUCACCGGUAUCGAUCAAAUUUCAAGCUUUGGAGCGCACACACAGCACGACUACAUCCCAACCCACGACCACAGAGUUUAAACAGGAGAAGUGAUUGACGGUUUUCCUCGGAGUGAACACAAAGACCCUGCGCGCCGAGUGCGCUGGAUCCGCCUUUUACGCACACAGUGACUGGAUUUUGUUGGCGACUUUACCCCCUGCAGUACUGAUUCAUGACAAUACCAGGAGUCCAUUAACAUUCUUUUGAGGAACCUGGCGUUUUAACCCCGUAAAUCCAAGUUUUCCCAUCUCUGGAUCAGGAAUUAUGAUUCUCCGAAAAUGCCACUUCGCUCUGCUCCUUUUAUUUCUGUCCGCCUCUACCAUCGAUCCAGACGAGCCGGUGGAGGAUCUGACCGUGUUUGACAUGUUCGAAAGCAGCGGAAUCACACAGAAGACCAUCGGGGCGAAACUGUUCCGAGGCCCAAACCCCGAGUCUCCUGCAUAUCGUUUCAUCCGCUUCGACCAUCUUCCCCCAGUCAGACCGCAAGUUCUAGACCAACUCUUGCAGCAAAUUCAGAACAACGAGGGUUUCACCCUGAUUGCGACCCUGCGUCAGGACCGCGCGUCCCGCGGCACUUUGCUCUCCAUCGAGGGUCCCGGUGAGCGGCGGCAGUUCGAAGUGCUUUCCGACGGCAGAGUGAACACGCUCGAGCUCGUGUACUGGUGGGCCGACGGCUCGCGCAACGUCAUCGCGUUUGAGGAUGUGGAGCUGGUGGACUCGCAGUGGAAAAACGUCACGUUGCACGUGCACGGCGAGACAGCCACGCUGUAUGUAGGCUGCAGCCUCAUCGACAGCUUCAUUCUCGACGAACCUUUCUACGAGCACCUGCGCGCUCCGGGUGGACGGAUGUACGUGGCCAAAGGAUCCAGCCGCGAGACACAUUUUAGGGGGCUGAUGCAGAAUGUGCAGUUUAUUUUCGACAUCCCUCUGGAAGACGUCCUAGAGAGCCGAGGGUGUGAGCUGGCAAAUACAGAAGACUUGAACACAGUAAGUGAGAGUGCUGAACUUGUGGAUGUGGCUUCUUCUAUCUCGACUAACUUGAUCAGCCCGAACACAGACCCCCCAACGAUGAGCCCCUCUGAGAUGAUGUGUGAGCGUUCAUGUGAGGAAUUGGCUAACCUUUUCCAAGAGCUCAAGGGUCUCCGUGUUGUUGUUAGCAACCUCAUUGAUGGUUUGCAGAAAGUGACAGAGGAGAACACUGCCAUGCGUGAGGCUCUGAAUAAGAUGCAGGAUCCUGUGCAGCAGAGCAUUUGCUGGCAGGAUGGGCGACUGUUUGAGAAUAAGGAGGACUGGAUUGUGGACAGCUGCACCAAAUGCACAUGCCAAGAUGGGAAAGUUGUGUGUCGUCAGCUCACUUGCCCACCAGUGUCUUGUGCUAAUCCAUCCUUCAUUGAGGGAGAAUGCUGUCCAGUAUGCCUUCCAAUGGACAGUGAGGAUGGUUGGUCCCCAUGGUCUGAUUGGACUCAGUGUACAAUCACCUGUGGCAGCGGUACGCAACAAAGAGGCAGAUCAUGUGACGACACCAGCAACACAUGCUCUGGCCCCUCAAUCCAGACUCGGAGGUGCAGCUUAGGAAAAUGUGACCGCAGAGUUCGUCAGGAUGGUGGUUGGAGUCUGUGGUCCCCCUGGUCUUCAUGCUCUGUGACAUGUGGGGAAGGGCUAAUCACUCGCAUUCGCCAUUGCAACUCCCCUAUUCCUCAGCGAGGAGGCAAAGACUGUGAAGGUGAAGGACGAGAGACAAAGAGCUGCCAAGCUACACCCUGCCCAAUUGAUGGUGGUUGGGGGCCAUGGUCACCCUGGGCAGCUUGCUCAGCAACAUGUGGUGGGGGUCUGAAAAGUCGUGAGAGGGAGUGUAAUAGCCCUGUUCCAGAGCAUGGGGGCCGGAAAUGUAUGGGCGAUUCUAUUGACAAUGAAGUAUGCAACAAACAGGAGUGCCCUAUUAAUGGUUGUCUUUCAAAUCCAUGCUAUGGGGGAGUGGAGUGCAGCACUGCCUCUGAUGGUGCUUGGGAAUGUGGCCCUUGUCCACCAGGCUACCGUGGUAAUGGAACCUUCUGUGAAGAUGUGAAUGAGUGUGAUAUGGUGUCAGACGUGUGUCAUAAAGUGGGUGGGUUUCAGCAGUGUGUGAACACAGACCCAGGAUUCCACUGUCUGCCCUGCCCUCCACGUUACAAAGGCUCUCAGCCCUAUGGUCUUGGAGUGGAGUCAGCUAAAACAAACAAACAGGUGUGUGAACCUUACAACCCAUGUAAAGACAAUACCCACAGCUGCCAUAAGAAUGGCAUGUGUAUCUUUCUCAGCCACAUAACUGAGCCCAUGUACAAGUGCGAGUGCCGUAUUGGUUAUGCUGGAGAUGGCAUUGUGUGUGGAGAAGACUUCGACCUUGAUGGUUGGCCCAAUCAGGAUCUGGUGUGUGGAGCCAAUGCUACAUACCAUUGCAAAAAGGACAACUGCCCAACCCUUCCCAACUCUGGUCAAGAAGACCUUGACAAUGAUGGACAGGGAGAUGCCUGUGACAAGGAUGAUGACAAUGAUGAAAUUGUGGAUGAACGGGACAACUGUCCAUUAAUGUACAACCCUCGGCAGUAUGACUACGAUAAGGAUGCUGUAGGGGAUCGGUGUGAUAACUGCCCCUAUGAGCCCAACCCAGCUCAGACUGACACAGACAACAAUGGCGAAGGAGAUGCCUGUGCUAUUGACAUAGAUGGAGAUGAGAUUCUAAACGAAAAAGACAACUGUCCCUUUGUUUACAAUACUGACCAGAAAGACACAGAUUUGGAUGGUGUUGGGGACCAGUGUGAUAACUGCCCACUGAUCCACAACCCACAGCAGACGGAUGCAGAUAAUGAUUUGAUUGGAGACCAGUGUGAUAAUAACCAGGACAUAGAUGAGGAUGGUCAUCAGAAUAAUUUGGAUAACUGUCCCUAUAUUCCCAAUGCUAACCAAGCAGACCAUGACAAUGAUGGUAAAGGAGAUGUCUGUGACCAUGACGAUGACAAUGAUGGAAUUCCUGAUGAUCGGGACAACUGCAGGCUUGUGCCUAAUCCAGAUCAGAUGGAUGUAAAUGGAGAUGGCCGUGGUGAUGCCUGUAAAGAUGACUUUGACAACGACAACAUUCCUGACCUUUUUGAUGCUUGCCCAGAGAACAAUGCCAUCAGUGUUACGGACUUCAGGAAGUUUCAGAUGGUGCAUCUGGAUCCCAAGGGAACCCUUCAGAUUGACCCCCACUGGGUAGUGCGAAACCAGGGCAAAGAACUGGUUCAGACUGCUAACUCAGACCCUGGCAUUGCAGUUGGCUUCGAUGAGUUCAGUGCCGUGGAUUUCAGCGGAACUUUCUAUGUAAACACGGACAGAGAUGAUGACUAUGCAGGGUUUGUUUUUGGCUAUCAGUCCAGCCGACGCUUCUAUGUAGUCAUGUGGAAACAGAUAACACAAACCUACUGGGAAGACAAACCAUCGAAAGCCUUUGGUAUCUCUGGAGUAUCACUCAAAGUUGUCAACUCCACCACUGGCACAGGAGAGUACCUGCGUAAUGCCCUCUGGCACACAGGCAACACUAAAAACCAGGUGCGAACACUUUGGCAUGAUCCAAAGAACAUUGGUUGGAAAGACUACACUGCUUACCGCUGGCAUCUUAUUCACAGACCCAAGACUGGAUUCAUUAGGGUUGUAGUGUAUGAAGGCAAGCAGAUCAUGGCAGACUCAGGGCCUGUCUAUGACAAGACAUUUGCUGGUGGUAGAUUAGGGUUGUUUGUCUUUUCUCAAGAGCUUGUCUUCUUCUCUGACCUCAAAUAUGAAUGCAGAGACAACUGAUUUUUUUUACUCUGCACCUCCUGCCACUGACUGGGAUCCAAACUUACAAUAAGAGUUUCAGACCAGUCUUCUGAGAACAUCUGCAUUGUUUCUCCACUUUAUUAAAAUGCACAAAUUUAUGAACUCCAGGGGCCUUCGACAGUGAGACUGACUCCAUUUUGGACACCCAAGAAAAAGAGUUAAAGUUACCACAUUCCAGUGUAUUUCUUUAAAUGCCUCUCUCAGCUUUGUUGCACAUGUACCCAUCAUGAAACCAAAAUAAGUCCUGUCUUCUUGAAUAGAAACUUUAGGGUUUGAAUAUUAUCGUUUUCUAUGUAGCCAUGUAGUCUUUUGAAUGGGUUAUUUUAGUCAUUUUAAAAGAGUAGUUUCAAAUUGGUUAAAAGUGUUGAUUUGAGAUGUAUAAUAUUCAGAAUAAUACUGUUUCUGUUGUAACUUAUUUUUCUGUUGUGCAAGUUUAUGAAUUAACACGUUGUUUUUGCCUUUGCCUAAAAUUGUAAAUACUUAUUUAUUAGUUUUCAUCUAAAAUUCAUGGUGAAAUGUUAAAAUCGUAUACAUCUGUCUUUUAAAUUUUAUUUCCUACUAGAUAUUUUGGAUCUGAGUUAUAGUUAUUAACAGAAGUGAACCAUUAGACAUGUUUGUGUUAGUUACAAUGUUUUAGUCAAGCAGUCUUUAAAUUCAGCAUUUUUAUGGCCAAGCAGUUCCCUCUCAUUUCUCAUGUGUUGGGAUAGAAUUAAACUUGAAAUGAAAAUAAUUUCAUUGGUUUGCAGUCAAAGAACUUAGAUGUGUUUAUUUAAGAGAAUGAAAAGUCUGGCAAGUGCAAAGGAAGAUAUAUAACAUGUUUGUACUUGAAGCUAAUGUAAAUAUAUACAGAUGAGUGACAAAUGAAAGGAAAAAGCAACAUAAAUUGUCUUUCCUUUAAUAUGUUACCGGUCUCUAUAUGUGGUUGGAAGUGGUAUUAUUACCACUACAGUGUUCCAGUGAUGAAGUGACAUGAAGACAAAUUAAUGUUACACUUUGGUGUAGUUUCAAAUUUGGAAAUUGUACAUGGCCAAAUCACUUUUUCAUCAGAAACAUGAAUAUGAAUAAAGGAAACUGAAGAUGUAUCCUGCCUGACCUUUAGCCAAACAUAUAAAGUCAAUUCCCUCUCAUUAAAAUUUUUUUUUUGUAUACAGUACUAGUAGACAUUACAGGUAGUUCUUGCAAAAAAGGACCUCCAGUUGUUAAAAAAACAAAAAAAGAUUACCUACUAGUAGGCCAAACCAAGUUCAUGCUCAAAUGUGAACGAUAUCCUAAUAUUUUUAUGUUUAAUUUAAAUGUUUUUGGUUCUGUAAGUCAUAGUACCAUGUACCAUGUUCUUUUUUAAAUGAACGUUAUUUCUCUCAUUUAAAAAAAGAACUUGACUGACCCAUUAUCAGUGGGGAUUUCUCUGAACUUUGCUGCAUGUGUACCUACAAUGCCUUAAUCAGUUUAAUAUUUUUAGUUUGCAUUUCAGUUCCUCUACAUUGUAGAGCUAAAUAAUGUAUAUGGUAUGAAUAUUAAAACUUGACAUGUUUGAAAUAAAUACAUUUAUUACAAAAAUGUAUAAAAAAAAGAAUAUUCACUGUACUCUUUAUUUACCUUUCCUUUGUAAAAGUGAGAGAUGCAAAAGGUGCCAAACUGAGCAAUACUUACGCAACAAAUAUCAAUUCACCCCCAGCUUUAUGUAACCCAAAUUAUGCUUAUUAUAAUGAAGGCAGCAUAAUCAUAUGCUAAUAAUUAUAUUAAUAAUAAUACAACAUUCACAUAUCGUGAAUACAAAAUAUCGCAAAACUACAUAUGCGGUUUGCAUACAGAUAACACUGUUAAAGGGCCUGUUUUUAUACUCUUUCCUGAUAAUUUAUGUACUAAUGACAGCUAGAACAUUCCAGAAAGUGUUUUCAAGACAGGUUAUAUACUAUGUUAAUAUCACUUUUUGAUGAUCGUCUGAGCUGAAGGCAUCAGCUUUGUGAUAAAAAAGGCUCUAAUGAAAUCCCUCUGUGAAUUUUGGCUGUACUAAAUUCCACAGAUAUAAAUCAACCGUAGCCAUUGACUAUAUAGAAAUAGCAGAGCAAAAUGUGAUGGCUGAAAGUAUCUAACUGUGGAUGAUCUUUUCUGUUAUUAAGUCAUGUCUUAGAGUCAGCACAGAGUUUUAAAUUGAUUUAGUUUUUGAUUAUGAUGGAUUCUGCAGUGGGUGAAUAUAAAGUCUCUCAAAAAUAUACAGUUUAUGCUUAGUAAGAUUUUUUCUUUUUCAUAACUUUUAUGUGUACUUUGUGAUAUGGUAGUUUUUUGUUUGUCUAUCUAUCCAGCUGGCCCAGCAAAAUAAAUAAAGG